UCUCCCGAAGUUCCAACUUCCAGGCUCCGGUCCAGUGCUCCUCCGGUCCAGGCUCCAGGCGGCGGCAGGGCGGGAUUUUCCAGCGGUGACGUCCCGAGGUUUUCGAACAACCCUGUCACUUCGACAUCAUGGCGUAGCGACGUGGACGGACGGCGGGCAGAAGUCGGAGAAGUUGAAGUGAAUCAAUACGAGAGACUCAUUAACGCAAACAUCCUCGUAUCCCCCCCCCCGGCGGACUGUCGGUUUAUCAGUGAGCGAAGAUGAUGUCUGAUGCCAGCGACAUGUUGGCAGCUGCCCUGGAGCAGAUGGAUGGAAUUAUAGCAGGUUCCAAGGCUCUGGACUACUCAAAUGGGAUGUUUGACUGCCAGUCGCCCACCUCUCCUUUCAUGGGCAGCCUGCGGGCACUUCACCUCCUGGAAGACCUGCGGAGCGUCUUGGAGCUAAUGGACACCGAAGAAAGGGAGAAUCUACGCUGCCAGAUCCCCGACUCAACGGCAGAAAGUCUGGUCGAGUGGCUCCAUGGUCACCUGUCCAAUGGACACGUCUCUCUGGGUGCUGGUGACCACUACCAGGAAAGGCUUUCCCGAAUAGAAAGUGAUAAGGAGUCACUGGUGCUUCAGGUGAGUGUGCUGACCGACCAGGUGGAAGCUCAGGGAGAGAAGAUCCGGGACCUGGACUUGUGUUUGGACGAGCACAGGGAGAAACUCAACGCCACCGAGGAGAUGCUGCAGCAGGAGCUUCUGUGCCGAUCUGCACUGGAGACCCAGAAGCUUGAUCUGAUGUCUGAAGUGUCCAACCUCAAGCUGAAGCUAAAUACCAUUGAGAAGGAAAGAGUGGACUUUGAUGACAGAUUCAGGGACAGUGAGGAUUUGAUUCUGGAAAUUAACGAACUGCGGUACAGGUUGACAGAUAUGGAGAGUGAAAAACUACUGUACGAAAAGAAGCUUAAAUCCACAAAGGAGGAUCUAGUCGUACUGAGGAGGCAGCUGGAGGGCCAAGACGGAGAGAUGAGGAGACUACAGGAUGAGACAGGCUUUAAAGCCAUGGCCUUGGGCAGUGCAGAUCCCUCAGAGAGAGUCUCUCAUCCAGAUGAAACUCUUAGAAAGAGGCUGAAAGAAAAACAUGUGGAAGUGCAGAGGAUGAAAAAGGCAGUUGAGUCAUUGAUGGCAGCCAAUGAAGAGAAGGACCGUAAGAUUGAGGAACUGAAGCAGUCGUUGCUACGGUACAAGAAAGUUCAAGAGAUGGUGAUGUCAGUGCAAGGGAAAAAAGAGAAAACCAAAGAUAACGAGCUCGGUGAGAGUCACGAUGAUGCGUCGCUCGCUCUCUUGUCGUCCAUUCCCGCGUCCGCGGACCUAGAAAGGCAAGAAGUUACAGAUGUUCAACAACUGAAAAGGAAGAGCCUGGAUGAGCUGGAAAGUCUCAAUGGAAUGAGUGACGAGCCUUCACCCACACCGAGCCCUUCAGACCCAGAACGAGUAUCCGAGUUCACGCCAACAGAUGUAGAAAGCUGCCAAGAUACGACAAAGACGAGCAGCCAGGAUCACCUGGACAGGAGCGAUAAGAGCAAUAAUGAAAAGAAUAUAAGUGAAGAAAUCAGUAAGACGAGUGAAAAGCCACCUUUUGGUCCCCCCGCCACCUUGCCCGCCACCACAGAGGACGACAGCUUCGGCUCGAGAAAGGCUCGUUCAUCUUUUGGAAAGGGUUUCUUCAAGAUCCGUGGCAAAAAGUCAGGCAGCACUCCCAACCUGGACCGCAGCCGGAGUGCGAGUGCGCCUAUGCUAGCUGAAACAGAGGGACGGGGCACCGACCAUCUGGAUCUGGCCGGUCUGCCACAGAGGUCGACGAACAGCGACAGUACCCAAACACUUCCUACGACCCCAGAGGGCCGGAAGAAAUCCAAGGGAAUAAAGAAACUCUUUGGAAAGUUAAGAAGGAGCCAGUCUACCACAUUUACCCUGGAUGACAACCUACCAGAGGGCGAGUUCAAGAGAGGAGGCGUGCGAGCCACAGCGGGACCCAGACUGGGUUGGUCACGUGACCUCCAGCGAGUCAACAAUGAUGUUGAUGCUCCCUUCGCACGCUGGUCAAAGGAUCAGGUGUGUGACUGGCUGCAGGACCAGGGUCUCGGUCUUUACGUGAACAUGGCUCGUGUCUGGAUCUCCUCCGGACAGACGCUGCUUCAGGCCUCCCAACAGGACCUGGAGAGGGAGCUGGGCAUCAAACACCCGCUGCACAGAAAGAAGCUGCAGCUGGCUCUGCAGGCCCUUGGCUCAGAAGAGGAGGACAAUAAGGGAAAGCUGGACUUCAACUGGGUGACAAGGUGGCUAGAUGACAUUGGUCUGCCCCAGUAUAAGACCCAGUUUGAUGAGGGGAGGGUGGACGGCCGCAUGCUGCACUACAUGACAGUGGAUGACCUGCUCUCUCUGAAGGUGGGAAGUGUCCUGCAUCACCUCAGCAUCAAGAGAGCUAUUCAAGUGCUCCGACUCAACACCUAUGAGCCAAACUGUUUGCGUCGCCGGCCUUCUGAUGAGAACAACAUUUCUCCAGCAGAGAUUUCCCAAUGGACCAACCACCGGGUGAUGGAGUGGCUGCGUUCUGUGGAUCUCGCGGAAUAUGCUCCCAACCUGAGGGGCAGCGGCGUGCACGGGGGCCUGAUGGUUCUUGAGCCACGGUUCAACGUGGAGACCAUGGCGUUGCUGCUGAACAUCCCCCCGAACAAGACUCUGUUGCGUCGCCACCUCGCCACACACUUCAACCUGCUAAUUGGCUCAGAGGCCCAGCAGCUCAAACAGGAGUGUCUUGAAAACCCAGACUACAAUCUGCUUACUGCCACCACCAAGGUCAAGCCGAAGAAGCUGUCGUUUGGUAGCUUUGGCAGUCUGAGGAAGAAACGGCAGGAGGAGAGUGAGGAGUACGUGUGUCCAAUGGAUGUGGAGAUGCCAAAGGGACGAAGCUUCCAGAAAGGCUUCGAGCUCCAAAUCUACGAGGACGACCUUGACAGGCUAGAACAGAUGGAGGACUCCGAGGGAACCGUGAGGCAGAUUGGAGCUUUCUCCGAGGGGAUUCAAAACCUGACGAGCAUGCUGAAAGAUGACGAGUUCUUCAGUGAGAUGUCAAAUUCACCGAACCCCAGUGUAACAGACGAGGAGUCCAACGCAUGAGACUGUCAGCACCAUGAGACCUGGUCCUGCUGUGAAUGAAACUCUGUGCCAACCCUCUGCAGCCACAUACAGACUUGUUUCAACAAACCACGAGAAUGCUCCCACAUUUCAUUUUUUUUAAGUGUUACAUUCAGAGAUGAGCCAAAAGUAUUAGUGUCUUUUCUUUUUUUUCAGUUUUUAAGUGAUGGAUUUGUGAACGUCUACAGUCCAGUCGCCACUUUUACUCCUGAACUUUAUCUCCGUUACUGUCGUAUGGUGACAGAGGGAACAUUCGGGGCAACACCACUGCUCGCCUGCCAGCUGGUUUCUGGAGAUAUUUUGUACUCGGUCAUGUACUGGCAACUUUCUUUUCGUGACAGAACUGAAGCGUCAACCAGCACAAAGAUGACAUCUAGAAAAAUGCCAAUAUAGAUUUAAUAUAUGUCUUCUAAAUUGCUUUCUGACCGUCGAAACAUUGGGAAAAAGGGGAGGACUUCAUAUGCUGAGCAGAUUUCCCCCAUUUUAAGAAGUUGGUGUAAAGUGAUGACUCUGAAACGGCUGCUAUGUUUUCUACAGAACUAAGUCCUGCUAAUUAAUUGAUAGUUGUCUUUUAUUGUUUCCUCUUCUGGAGAUAUAACAGGUUUUCACUCAACAGUAAUACUCUGCAUGCAUUUGCACCCAUACAUAUCAUACAGUAAAACGCCUAAUGAAUAUCAUUGCAGGGUAUUGAAAUCCAACACGUUUAUAUAUAUGAGGUUGUCAUUUAUUUUAUUACCACCAUGAGUUGAUUUUAAUGGACACCUGUUGGCUCAGUUAUUUUUGGAAAAAGACGUAAUCACAUCUGUGAUGUAAGAUAAUGACAUUGUAAUGGAGCCCUCGGCCAUACCUGUGAAGAUCAAGAGUGUGGGAUUCAUAGUUUAGAGUAGUUGUUUUUUUGUACGUUUAGAUUAAGAUUAGGACCAAUAAAGUAAUUUAAAUAAAUUGGGCUUUUCCUUAAAUGGACAAUAUCAAGUCUUUAAAAUAUAAUGAUUGAUGGCAGUGGGAGCCACGGGAAAGUUUCUUUGUCCUAAAAACAUGGCCAUUAAAGAAUUCAGCAGCCUGUAA